AUGUGUCACGUAGAAUAUGCUCUGUGGCUUGUUCCCUCUGGACCGGAGGCUGUGGCACUACGCUAUCUAAUGGAAUUCCGACCAAGGCCUGAUAGACCAAAGAACCAUUCUAUUCGCUCCAGAUCAUACCCCCGCUUCGAUCCUCAUAUCACUCUCGCCACUUUUUGGUGCCCGCAUCGCCCUUACAUAUUUCAAUUUCUGCCUACGGGCGCCAAAACGACUCCCGUGGAAUUUGAGUCCAUGAAGGUCGGAGAUGACUUCCUCGACUCACUGUCCAUCGUCGCCAAAAAAUCCAGCGAGCUCAUGCAGCUACGCGAUCGCGUCAUGGACCACAUGAAGGAGAACUUCAUGCGAGCCUCGAGCCCUUCAUUUCCACACAUACCCUUGUUCUACCUAGACGAAUCCUAUAAAGGAGAACGCUCGCUGCUCGCCAAACAACUCCGAGAGACAGGAAGAGCAAACUUUACGCUGAAUUGUUCCGUGGAUGGUGCUGGGCCUCAUUUUGAUGCCAUGAAAGGCUUUGAAGGAACGGAGAUAUGGCUUGUUGAUAUCACUGAAGGAGUGGAAGAUUGGGUCGUCCUGGAUAGACGGGAUCUCAAGCCACGAAUGCCCAAAGCCAAGGUCUACGUGACAAGAGGCGAACCUUACUUUAAUAUAUUUGGCAAUGAAGGGCCGGAACCUUACCAGGUCAGAGAGAUGGCAUCCUAUAUGCCGAGAUGGGGCGAACCCAGUCAUUUUGCCGGUAUGUAUGGACCAAUGGCACCAUAUUAUCCCCUGGACCCAAGGUAG